GAUGAGCGGGGCCGCGUUCCCGUCGCCCGCUGCCGAGAUGGCAGAGAUGAGCCGGCUGCAGUACGAGAUGGAGUACACCGAGGGCAUCAGCCAGCGCAUGAGGGUCCCCGAGAAACUCAAGGUGGCUCCUCAGAACUCUGAGCUGGACAAGGGCGGCCAGGAAGGAUUUCCAAAUGCCAGUGUAACUAUGCAGGUUCCAGAGCGGAUUGUAGUGGCAGGUAAUAGUGAAGACAUUCCAUUUUCCAGACCAGCAGACCUUGACAUUCUUCAGUCUACUCCAUUCAAACCACUGGCAUUGAAAACUCCUCCCCGUGUUAUUUCUCUUAGUGAUCGACCGCUAGAUUUUUUGGACCUAGAAAAACCUCCACAGCAGACACCUCAAAGUGAAGAGGUGCGCUCGGUGGGAAGGCUGAAGAGGGAGCGCUCCAUGAGCGAGAACGCCCCGCGCCACAACGGGCAGCUGGCCCGCAACGACUCCAUGUGGCACAGAUCAGAUACUGUCCCAAGAAAUAAAAUGCCACGGUUCCAGUCACCUCUUUCGACUAAGGAUUGCACUGUGACCCCAUCACUGCAACAGGCUCGUGUCUGUCCUCCCAAUAUGUUACCUGAAGAUGGAAUUAAUCUUUACUCUGCUCGUGGCAUUUUGUCGUUUAUCCAGUCUUCCACUCGUAGGGCUUACCAGCAGGUCUUGGAUGUGCUGGAUGAAAACCGCAGCUUGGACAAGGACAAUAGGCCAAUGUUACGUGGUGGGUCAGCUGCUACCACUUCCUCUAACCCUCACCAUGACAACACCAGAUAUGGUCUCUCCAACUUGGAUACGACGACGCUCGAGGGAACACCAGAUGACAUGACAGUUGUAGAUGCGGCCUCCUUAAGAAGACAGAUAAUCAAACUUAAUCGCCGUCUCCAGCUCCUGGAAGAAGAGAACAAAGAGCGUGCUAAGAGGGAAAUGAUCAUGUAUUCCAUUACUGUAGCUUUCUGGCUACUCAAUAGCUGGCUUUGGUUUCGGCGCUAGACACAGCUCUCAGAAAGAUUUACUAGUGGAAAACAUAAACAAUUUGCAAAAUUCCUUGUUUCUGUUUCUGAUUGUAUGCUGUUUUUUAAUGAAUACACUGGAAACUUCCACCACAGAUAAAGGCUCUAGAAUUGCAGUGUUAAAGGGACACCUUGUUCAGUUAUAACAUAUUUAAUAGAUUUGCAUUGCAAAUGCUGCAGUAUCCUCCUUUGCAUGCUUCUGUGUAAACAUGGACCAGCCCAUGGGGAGCCUGCUUCAUGCAGUGUGAGUGGUCUCCAGGACUGACUGGGGGUUUUGUUGUGGAGUGAAGAGAGAACAAAUGGAAUGGGUUUGGAAAAAAAGGCUAACAAAAAACAAAGGAAUAAAAAGUCAUUUUUAUUGUUCUGUUGUUAGAUGCAAUUAAAAAAUUGCACUAGUUUUCCUUUAGUCUAAGUAGUUUUGAGGUGUGCCAUAAUCAAGGAAUGUGUCCUGUUUCAUGAGUAUGUUCCUUGUUUAAGUACGUGUUCAGGUUCAAUAAUAAAAGGAAAUCUUUGCUAACA